CAAUUAUUACGUAAUCGACUCUCCUUAGGCCCUACGGCUGAGGAUGUAAGGCAUGUAUGGGUGAAGCAAUGGCAAUGGGUGCGACGAUCUGAAGCACCUGCACGCAUCAGUUGUCUUCACAACCAUAUUUUCUCGUUUUCCGUCGAUCUCUCGAUUCUCAUGUUUCAUGGCUUCGCUCCCCUCAAAUCCUUCAGUGGUUCACUCUCCUCAUUCACUCCGCAACGAUAUAUAUUGAAUUGGUUCACUUCCGCCCCAUUUUAUCAAUUCUUUCUUUGAUUGGCUUCGGGCUGGUUAAUUGGAGUCGGAGAUCGGUAAAACCUUCGAUCUUGCGGGGUUGGGGAUGAGGUGGGAGAGCGUUCAGGUGGUGGCGAGGGCGAGGGCGAGGGCGAGGGCCAGGGAAACGGCGACGGCGACGCUGGAAGGUAAGAAAUCGGCGGGAAGAGCCGGCGGGGCUUGGGGACCCGGCAGGCGAUGGGGUCACUCCUGCAACUCCGUCAAAGGAGGCAGAUAUGUCUAUGUAUUCGGCGGCUAUGGCGGCGAUACUUGUCAGACUAAUGAUGUGCACGUCUUCGACACUGUUAAGCAGACAUGGAGCAAACCAAUGAUGAAGGGUGAUCCACCCUCUCCCAGGGACAGCCAUAGCUGUACUACUGUUGGUAAAAGGCUCUUUGUGUUUGGUGGUACCGAUGGAACUAAUCCUCUCAAUGAUUUGCAUAUUUUGGAUACCUCUACCAAUACAUGGAUGUCACCAAACUUGCAUUACAACGGACCUGAUGCACGCGAGGGGCACAGUGCUGCACUCGUGGACAAGCGACUUUUUAUUUUUGGUGGUUGCGGGAAAUCCGGCAAUAGUAAUGAAGAAGUAUAUUAUAAUGAUCUUUACAUGUUGGACACAGAAACAUUAGUUUGGGAAUGUGCUGUAACAUCUGGUAUUCCACCUGUCCCUCGUGAUAGUCAUACGUGUUCGUCAUGGAAGAAUAAACUUAUAGUGCUUGGUGGUGAAGAUGCAUCUGAUUGCUAUCUAUCUGAUGUCCAUAUGCUGGAUGCAGACACCCUGACAUGGAGACAAAUAACUACUUCGGGUCAGAUGCUUGCUCCUCGUGCAGGGCACACUACUGUUGCUCUUGGAAGUCAUUUAUUUGUGUUUGGUGGUUUCACGGAUGCUAGGAACUUGUAUGAUGACCUCCAUGUUUUGAAUGUUGAAACUGGUAAAUGGAAUAGAGUAACAAAUAUCAACAGAGGGCCCUCUGCCCGUUUUUCCGGGGCCGGGGACUGCUUAAAUGAGCAGAGGGGCAUUCUUGUAUUCAUAGGAGGAUGCAAUAAAUCUCUUGAGGCUCUUGAUGAUAUGUAUUAUUUAUAUACAGAUAUGACAGUUAGUAAGUCCCUUUCACAACUAAGGCCAGAGUUAUUGCAUGGUAAAGAGUUGAAAGUAAGUUAUAGUGAUAGUAAAGUGGAGAAAUCUAGUGGCACAACUUUAACUUCGGCGGUGGCAUCUGGUGUGUCCCAACCCUUGUAUUUUCAUGAACGUGGCCAAGCAGGGACCAGGACUAGUGCCUCCUAUUCUGAUGAGGAGAUAGUAUUUGAAGCUGAAGUUAAAGGCACACAUCAACACGGAUAUGUGAUUGAGACGAUUAUAAAUGGAAAGUUACUUCGUGGCAUGCUUUUCUCCUGCACCUCUCGUUCUUGUGAAGAUAGCCUUGCAUGCACGAGCAAGAAGAUGAGGGGAGAGGCUGACAGUAAACUGAACUUAAGUCUGCAAAUAUGCAGUACUGCGAAAGACAUUCCUCAGGAAAUAAAGCCAGAUCCAACAAAUAUUAAAGAUUGUCAGAAAAAUCCCAAUUCUAACUUGGCUGAUACAAGAGAAGAUGAAAAUAAACCAGAAAAUAUGGCUCAAGGAAAAUCAAUGCCAGUACCUGCGAGAAAUGAACCCUCAGGUGCCUUCCGAAAAAAAAAAAUCAGGACUAGCUGAUGGCUCUUCAGCUAAUGGACAACCUAAAGUGGCAGCAGAGGAACAGAACAUGUAAACAUUUACAGAAUCAAUGGAAGCAACAUUAGUAAAGGCUGUAUUGAUCCCCAAGUGAUUCAGUUAAGAAAGCCUUUGCAGGUUGAUAGCUCAGGAGAUGAAGAAAAUUAAGAUAACAUCAUCAAAAUAUUGUGGGGAAAAUAUCAGUUGUGAAGUUCAAAGAGGGGAAUAAUAAAAGGUGAGAGAAUGCAAAUAGGAUGGGCUGACAAUGAAUUUAGUGGUGUAAAUUUUCUAUGUUUUAAGGUAAUGUUCAUUAUUUAGUACAA